AAAUAGCCAAUAGAAACCAUGAAAACAUCGUGACGCGGGCCAUAUUAGCCAAUUACAAAGAGAAAGGGGCGGGGUUAUAAUCGAGUCUGCCAAUGGUUGAAAGAGUUUCUCGUAUCCAAGCAACCAGAAACACAGCGCAUGCGCACAGUGGACCGCGGCAGUUGGGCUGUGGGCUACAGAUACUAACUCUAUCGUACGUUGUUAAGGCUCCUUCAGGUAAUGCUGGGAAGUACGAUUAUAAACCGUCGACAACAUGUUGGGCUGCAGAAGCUCUCAGCGCUGGCAGGAGUUACACAUUCCUCUUUGGGCCCAAAUAAAAAGUACAAGUUCAUCCAGGAUGACACGAGCGGGGAGUCAACGCUUGUGUGCUCGUGUUUUCGCAUCUUCGAGAACCUGGAGCUGACCUGCGCGGUGGGUCAGCUGGUUUAUGAGACUAUUGAAGCCCACCAGAAGGUCCAUCACACGGGGUCUGGAUGCCUGCUGUUUCUCGCAGGAGCGUGGAGCCGUGUCGCUCUGGAGUGCCUUCAGAGAGGCAUUUCAGUAGCACAAAUCAUUUCCGCUCUGUCUGAAGGGAUGGAUAUAUGCUUGGAUGUUUGCAGGAAAAGCAGCGUCUCAACUGAGGGUCUUGGUGUGGAGCAGUCAGAAAGCUGCACUGCAACAUCUCAGAGUUUAGGACUUGACCUGUCAAAGAAACACACUGCAGAGGCUUCACAGGCAUCCGGCUACCUGCAAGGACACCAAAAGGUUGGUCACAGGACCACAAACACCAGUGGACAGAGGAAAAUAAAGCUCAGCAGACAUUUCUGGGAGGCCUCGUCAGAAAAUGUCUCCACAAUGCCGCCACCCCGGGAGCCUAAGCUUCUUGACAUUGCACACAUUGCUGAGGGAUUGAGUCACGGGUACAUCAAUGCAAUGAAUUUAGCAGUCGAAGCCAGCCGAAUACAGUCAAAAAAUAACCAGCAAGACCGCAACUGUCCCACGUUUGACAUCACUAAAGUGGUGACUUGUGUGCUACCUGGUUUACCAGAGGAGCACUCGUGUGUUCUGCCAGGCUGCAUUGUUCUCUUAUCUGAGGAACAGGCUUCAGUUGCACAUCACUUAAAAGAACAGCACCUGAAGGUUGCUCUAAUUAACGGAGAUUUAUCAGCUACCUAUCGCCAUCUUGGCUAUAAUCGGCCAGCAGGUGUACAGUGUGUGAGUGACCAGUCGCAUUUGUCAAGUUCAGAUAAAGAGGAGGAGUGGGUGGAAAAGGUUGUGACACUUCUGCUGAACCUGGAAGUGAACCUGAUACUAGUCAGUGGGCUUGUUCGUGAAAAAGUGAUUCAAUGCUUUUGUAGACAUCAUAUACUCGUGGUGGAAAAAGUGAAGGCUUCCAUUUUGAAUGCAUUCGGUAAUACGACGGGAGCUGUUCCGGUGACCUAUGCCUCACAGUUGAGUCAGCACUGUCUUGGCUCUGGGGUUAAAGUUGUGAUAUGGAGGGACCUCAGCAGUCAUGGGAGGAAGCCUUCAACAGCUGUAAAUAUUUCCACUGGUGUGAACAGCGAAUUGGUCACAGUGAUCCUCUCAAGCUGUGUACGCGGCAAGCUGCAGGCGCUGGAGGACCAGUUUUGGGCAUGUGCUUAUCGUUUACACCACGUGCUGAAAGACCGGGUCCUCCUGCCUGGUGCUGGAGUGACAGAAAUGCUUUGUGUUCAUCACCUUCGAAAGCAAGCCGAGCACCACGUCAAACACCAAAGAGAGAGGAAUGGAGACUCUGUCCAGCAAACCAAAGCAGCUAACCCUUACAGGGGCGUAGUGUUGCAGCUCAUGGCAGAUGCCUUAAUAGAUUACGUAUCCACUGUAAUGGUUAACUCUGGACGGUUUUCAAAAGUCCGAGCCUGGACUGCAGUGAGCCGACAACUGCAGGACUGUAACGAGGGUCUAUCUGCAAAGUUCUCCCAACUUUUCUUGGGAGGUGAACAAGAUAGUGUAGUUUCCUCAGCAGCAGUAAAAAUCUAUGAUAAUCUGAGUGUGAAGCAGGAAGCGUGGAGGAAAGCCAUAGAUCUGGUUUUCCUGGUCUUGCAGGCUGAUGCAGAGGUCAUCACAGGCAUUGACCAAAAAGCUGAUGGUGCACAGGGAACUCUGAUGCUGUUAUGACCUUCAUGCUGCAUCUUAGGGAAUUAACUGUCUAUUUACAACUUUUGGAAUAUUUUUGUUUUUUAUUUAGACUGUGAAAAUGUGUUUAAAAUGUGUUUUUUUUUUAAUGAUUGGUACAAAGUGAAAGAAGAAUAAAGUGUUUUUAUAUCUCUUA